CCGGCCGCUGCUCCCAGAGCGAGCGGUCUCUAUGGCAACCAGCAGGCCCUGGCCCAGUUGCCAGGUUCCCAGCGGCCGUCUAGCCGGCCGCGCCUGCACAAAGACCGCGCGGUGACCGCGCAACACAGCGCAGCGCCGCGACCAGGUCAAGCCAGCCCCGCGGGAAUUGCCACCCCCGCCGCCGCUGCCCGGAAAGCAGUUCCGGCGGCCUCCGUGACGUACAGGCCGGGCGCGGCCUCGACCCUCGGGCCAUCUUGGCAGCGGAGGGAGCAGCGGAGCGACAGGUACAUACGCCACCCAGCCCAGGCCAGCCCAGGUGCCGCCUCCUUUGUUCACGCGCGGGUGGUCGCAUGGCACCGAUGGGCAGUGCCUGCAUCCGCAGCCCGAGCUCCGGCAGGUGCAUCCUGCAAAGUCUGGCAGGUCAGCGCAUCUCCUAAGGCCUGGGCAGGUCCAGCCUAUGCAUCCUCCAAGGGCUGAGCAGAUCCAGCUAGAGCAUCCUUCAGGGCCUGUGCAACUCCAGCCAGAGCUCCACACCUUGACCCUGCGAAGCUUGCAGAAAGGAACUGCGUCCAGGACAGGACCAGCGUCCUCAGGCUUGCUUCAGCAUCCAAGGCCUUUCGCUCUGGUUCUCCAGGUACCUGUGGCUUGACUUUGGCCGCCAGCAUGGUCCAACCUCGGACCUCCAAAACUGAAAGCCCAGCCUCUGCCCCUGGUGCCAGCGCUCAGAUGGAUGAUGUAGUUGACACCCUGACUUCCCUGCGCCUCACCAACUCCGCACUGAGGCGCGAGGCCUCCACACUGAGGGCAGAGAAGGCCAACCUCACCAACAUGCUGGAGAGUGUGAUGGCCGAGCUAACUCUGCUGCGCACCCGAGCGCGCAUCCCUGGCGCUCUGCAGAUUACACCACCUAUCUCUGCCAUCACCUCCAAUGGGACCCGACCCAUGACCACGCCACCCACUUCACUGCCUGAACCCUUCUCAGGAGACCCUGGACAGUUGGCAGGGUUCCUGAUGCAGAUGGACAGGUUCAUGAUCUUUCAAGCCUCCCGCUUCCCCGGUGAAGCCGAGAGAGUGGCCUUCCUGGUAUCCCGUCUGACUGGGGAGGCGGAGAAGUGGGCCAUCCCCCACAUGCAACCAGACAGCCCUUUGCGAAACAAUUACCAGGGGUUUCUGGCUGAGCUCCGCAGAACCUACAAGUCCCCGCUGAGGCACUCACGGCGAGCACAGAUCCGGAAGACAUCUGCGUCCAAUAGGGCCGUGCGAGAGCGGGAGCGGGAGCGCCAGAUGUUGUGUCGCCAACUGGCCGCAGCUGGCACAGGAUCCUGCCCGGUGCAUCCAGCCUCCAACGGGACCAAUCCUGCACCAGUCUUGCCCUCUCGUGGCCGGAACCUUUAAGGACUUGCCAUCACCCUGGUAGUUUGUGUCCACCCAGGUAGCUAGACUCCGUUGUUGAGGAGAGUUGUCAAUACAGUAGCUUUGCCCAGUUUGAGGCACCCUUCACACCUCUUUGGUCCUCGGGAGGCCAUCCUGUCAUCGGCAUUGGUCACCCACCCCACUGUGCGGUGUGUGUUUGUUUUGUUAGCGUUACCUGCGACUCAGUGCAUGCUCCCCCUUCUGUUGCUUGCAAUCCCAGCUUUUCCAGCAGUCACAACACAGCCCCUUGGGUGUGUGCCUGCCCAGGAACCAUUUAGUCUGACCACCCCUGCAAGCAGCUCGUGGAUACUCAGCUCCUGGAACACUUACUACAGACGCCUGAGAGUUCUCUUCCUGAGCAUUCCGGAUAGAAAGAAGCCAGCUCGGCCUGGCAGGUGGCUGAUGUAUACCUGAACCAGCCUGUCCAUAUCUGCAUCCCAGUGAUACUUUCCUCUGUUGGGGGGAGCCUGCAUCCCGGCGCACUCCACUGCUAUUACUGAAAAGUCUGUUUCCUUCAUAGACAUCCCGCCAGCCUCUCUUGUCCGUGGAAGACUCCUUCACACCUGCCCAUGCCUGCCAGUGCUCUGGCAUUAAGGAAAUCCAGCAUUCAUCUGCCAAGUUAGCUGUGGACCUGGGACCCUGGGCAGUUGUGUUAGGCUCAUGCCUCAGCUCUAACAGACUGAGGGGGACCCCGGGGACCCCAUUUGCUGCCUGGAUUUCCUGGGAAAGGCUCACGGGUGUCCGCUCAUUCCUGACCGUGUGGCUCCAUGCUGGGCCUUGUUACAGAUUCUUCCCCAUUCCACCCUGGUGCCAUGUGGCUUUCGCCUCAACCUUUCAGCCACCCACACCGUCUCUAGGGGUCCAAGGAACCCACACAACAUACCCUCUAUGUUCCUGGGCCUAACUUCUAGCCUUCGUCUGCGAACAGAAGACUGGCCAGGGACUCUGAGCAUCUUUAGUAGGGCGUUAUUGACUUCCUGAUGUCCCAGUCUGAAGAGUGAUGAGGAAUGGCCAACUGCUUCCGGUCUCAUGUGGAUGCACGUUCCAAUCUCGAGGAGCAGAGCCUCACAGGAGCAUGACCUCGCCAUCAGACUUAGACUCAGCCAAGCCUCUGGACCAUAACAUCAUCUGUCGUUUCAAUGCCAAAUGAACUGUGUUUACAUACCUACCUGGCCCCUUGGGGGACAUGGGUGCCUCUUCUGGAUUUUCCUGCCCUCCUCUGCAUGGUCUUGGCUUGACCAC